GGAUAACAAGGCAAGAUGGAUGUGUGAGGUGUUCGGCUAGAGUAAAGUGCCGAGGUACACCUGAAGCAGAUUGAGGGUCAUCGCUCACAGAGAGCGAGAGCUGUGAGGGAGAUCGAGGAAGAGAGGAUGACGAGCCCGAAAGUCCGGGCCAGGAUCGUCGCUGUGCCUGUAUCGGCUAACCCUAGCCAAGCCAACGCCGAGCAAUUGGCUUCCCUCCCCCUCACCGCCGUCUUCCCCGCGCCUUGGACUUCCGACGAGCCGAUUCCAUUGCCAAGAAUACGGGCUGAGCACCGGAGGUUUAAUGUUCGGCAGUCGGCAGUCGCAAGGCGCAGAUCAGACGCGAUGUACUUUUGGACUGUAGCGAACUAUACUCAAAGCGAGCGUCAUAUUCAGAGACUGUAUCAGUAGGCGAGCGGAUUUGAGACUGCAAUAGCACGAAGACAUGAUGGCGGUUGCAACAGUAUGAGUAGGCAUCGCGGGAACUGCAGCGCCCAUUGAGGCUGCAGCGGACCUGC